AUGUCUACCGCACAGCCUGAAGUUACCUGGGCGCAGCGCUCCUCGGCUGACCAGGCCGAUCGCAACUACCUCUACGUGAGCAUCAAGGCCGCUGAGGUCCCCAAGGAGGAGGCUAAGUUGGAGCUCACUGCUACCAACGUCUCUUUCACCGGUGCCUCUCGCAAGGGUGUUACAUACAAGACCUCUCUGGACCUUUACGGCGAGAUCGACACUGAGAACAGCAAAGUGAACCACACCGACCGUGAGGUUGAGUUGGUCCUGCGCAAGAAGGAGCUGAAGGAGGAGUUCUGGCCCCGUCUUCUGAAGGAGGCCAAGAAGGCUCACUUCCUCAAGACCGACUUCGACAAGUGGGUCGAUGAGGAUGAGCAGGACGAGGCCCCCGAAGACGACUAUGCCAACAACUUCGGUGGUAUGGGUGGCGGCGGUGAGGGCGAGGGCACCGGUGGUGGCCUUGGCAACAUUGACUUCUCUAAGCUCGGCGGCAUGAUGGGCGGCGAGGGUGGCAUGCCCGACCUGAGCAGCAUGAUGGGCGGUGCCGGUGGUAUGCCCGACCUGAGUGCCCUGGCUGGCGGUGCCGGUGGCUUCGGAGCCCAGGGUGCUGAGGAGGAGGAGGAUGAUGAUGAUCUUCCUGAGCUUGAGGACGAGCAGUCCUCCAAGAUCCAGGAGAUUUCUUAA